AAAAUGAGUUCUUAGAAUUUUCUAUUUUUAUACAAGUCUAGUUUACCAGGUAAAAAUAAAAAGAUAGAUUGAUCUCUUAAAAAAUCUCCUUUUCCAAAGUCAUCAAAUACAGAAACAAACAGGAAUCUAGAAAAAAAUUGCUAUAAAGCAAAGGUUGUUGCCUAUAACAGAUACAGUUAUUUUUUAUUAGCUUAUCACCGCACACACAACGAGCAGAUUAAUUGCAACGAAUCACACAUAAAUAAACAUAACACAUCAUAUAAAGAAUACACAAUGAUUUGUUUUUCAUUUCAAUAAUUGUAAUAUAAUGACCACCCCACUAAAUAGGUAAAAGUAAUGGGAGUAAAUGCUGAUUACCAAUUUAUUAAUCUGAGGAUCUCUAGCUGGACAAAGGGCCAUGUGAGCUAUUGCCAUUACAACGCAUUCCUCGUCAUCGUAAUAAACCUUAACAAAAAUGUUUUUCUCUGAAAUCACUGGACCAAUUUCAUUCAAACUAUGAUUAAAUGAUCCUUAGUGUAUAGACCAACAUGCUGCCAUGACUUUAAAUAAAACAUAAGGGUAAAAUGCAUUUAUUGUCUAAUAUCUUGAAAACCUGACCCAGGUAUAAUUAUGCUCAAAAUUUUGACUAAUUUUCAAGUUUAUGCCUGUAGUUAUUAUUCAGAUUUUUGACAGAUGAGCUAUUCAGUAUCUUAGAAGCCUAAUGUGUGUAUUUUUAUACUGCAACUUUUUAAAAGGGCGAUGUAUAGUGACGGGGGAGUCCAGUCCAGUCAGUUUGUUUCCUCCUUCUUUCUCCCUUCUGUCACACUUUUGCUCCUGAACUGCUUGACAGAAUUUUAAACAACUUAUACAGAAUCUUACUCACAUGAUGGGCAUUUUGUACUUUUGCACCUAUUUAAUUUCUUCAUCUGAAUUAUGUUUUGGGGUUUACUUUGACAUUAGAUGGACAUGGACUUUGCCAUAGCUGCACACUAUAGGAGGGUCUGAAUAGGUGUCCUGAAUUUCUGUAUACUUAAAUUUUAAGGGCAUUAUAUUUAUACUUUAUCACCCUGUUAUCCUCUAUUCUUUAUAUUUUUGCUCAUUUUUCUGUAUUCAUUAUUUUUUUAGCCCAUUAUUCUCUAUUCUGUAAACCCCUACCAGACCUUCCUAUAGUACAUAUAUGUAUUCUUUCCUUCUCCUAAGCCCCUUAUCAUAAUCAAAUGAAAUUCUCAGAAUCUUUACUAAAUAGUGCCGUUGUGCACCUCCUGUUUUGAUGUAUGGUCAGAAUUAUUUAGGAGGUUUCCCUUACCAAAGUAUGGACUUUGCCAAUUUUUAUUUGGGGGGCACCAAUGUUGUAUACGCAACUCUUCCUACCCCAAUCAUUACAAUAUAUUGAAACUUUCUCUCCAUAUAAAGCUAUAAUGCCAUUCUGCAUCUUUUAAUCAGAAUCAUUUUUAUGAGUUUCCCUUUAUACCAAAGCAUGGACUUUGCCAUUUGCCAUUGCUUUAUUUUACAAAAUCACUUCUCAGUUCUGUAUUAAAUGCAACAUAAUUGCACACAAAGUAUUUGCAAGAAUAGAACAUUGAGUUACUUUCUAAAUGUACUAAACUUAGGAGUAGUAAUGUAAAAUUGGACAAAAAAAAGCAAAUUCUAUUUUUGGUAAUAGUGGUAGGAAAAAUGUAAUAUAAUGUAUUGGGCUCCAGUAAUGUACCCCCUUGGGUUGGAAGGUCGCUUGUAAGCAAAUUUAAGUAAAUAUUUACGUAAGAAUUUGAUUAGUUUUAAAGGUCACAGGUGGUUUUGAAUAAGACGUCAGGUCGCAAGCCAAACCUGCAAGGUCGCAGGUCAUAUCGGACCAUGUUGGAGCCACAUGUAUUUUUCAUAUAUAUUUUCAAACCCAAUUAAGAAUUGAAAAAAUGAAAAUUAAAGAUUGUUCAAGAUCUGGGGAAACCCCAAUUGAACAAAAGGAAAAGAUUGACAGGUAAUUGCAAGUGUUUGUGAUACCACUACCCCCAAUAAAAGUUCUCCCAUUGACUUCCAUUGCAGCUGAAAUAAUAAAAGCAAACGCUAUCAAGCAGGAACAAUUCCACACUACAGUGUCACAAAUUUACUUGAUAAAAGUAGAUUUUCAGAUGAAACAGGUGAAUCUGAGUUAGUGAUGAACAAUUCUUGUGUCUGACAAGUUUCAUUAAAGAUGCCAUGGAUACACAGUCAUCAAAAUCGUCAAAAUGUCUAGUUGUUUUGAGUGGAAUUCCAGGAUGUGGUAAAAGUACUCUUGCUAAACUUUUAUAUGAUAAGCUUGGCAGAAUAUAUGUGGAAGAACAACGGAGUUAUUUAAAGUCAUCAAAGUGUCUUGAUGUUAUAGUGGUGUCUUAUGAUGAACUUAUUCCAGAGAAUAUACCUCUAGAUGAUAAGUCUCAACAGACCUGGAAAGAAUGCAGGGAGGAAAUACUUUUUUGUAUUGACUAUCUUCUCAAGAAAGAAAUAUCAUUGGAAAGUUUAACCAAGUCUCCACCUGGUGUUAGUGAUGUAUUAUGGGAAACGUUUUAUGCUAUUGUUAGAAAGCAGUUCACUUCAGCAGAAUCUGUUGUCAUAGUACUAGAUGACAACAUGUAUUAUACAAGUAUGAGGAACAAGUAUUUCCAAAUAGCUAGAAAGUAUACUUGUGGAUUUUGUCAGCUUCAUCUUGCUUGUAAUGUACAAACAGCUCUGAAAAGGAAUGUGAUACGUAACCAGCCAAUCACAGAAGAUGUAAUUGUAGCUAUGGCAGCUAAAAUAGAGCCACCAAAUACACAUUACAAUAGUUGGGAAACUUACAGUAUAGUCAUAAAUACUGACUCAGAGAUAGAAAGUCAGUUACCUAGGAUAAUGUCAUUGGUGAAGACAGCAAUGUUAAAUCCAGUUCAACCAAUAGAGGAAACCAAUCCAGCAUUAACAGCAGAGAGUCGUCAGAUCUGUUCAAGUAACGUCAUCCACCAAUCAGAUCAGAUCUUACGAAAGAUUGUUAGUCAGAAAAUGACAAAUUUAAAAGGCAUUGCAGAAGACAAGUCAACAUUGCAACAACUGUCUAAGAAAUACAUAGAUGUAAGAAAAACAUGCUUGGAUAAGAUAAAAACUGGACAAGUUUCAUUUCCUGUGGCUGUGGAUGAGCCGAAUGUUUCAUGUGAUAUAAACAGUGAAUUGUACCAACAGAUUCUUAGAUUGUUUGAACAGUUGUUGAAAGAAAUAACUUGAUAUGAAAUAAAACAUCAGCAUACUUUGGUUAAAACAAUCCAAGGAAACAGAACCUGUCAAAGACAUGAUAUGCAUUACUCUAAAAAUUGCUGUAUAAACCAAUAAAUUUCCUUAAUUGCCA